GUGUGGAUUGACACAUCAGCUCCUUUUAGGUUUGACUGUUAACUUGUUAAAGUCUUAAAACAGCUGGUGAAAUGUCGGACGCUUUGCUGCAGUGGUGUGUGGACCAGUUACACCACAAGUUUGGACUGGAGGCAUCUGAAGACAUCGUCCAAUACAUUCUGUCCAUCGAAAAAGCUGAAGAGAUUGAGGAGUAUGUGGGAGACCUCCUUCAGGGCACAGAUGGGAGAAAAAGGCACUUUAUAGAUGAACUCCUCAGCAGGUGGAAGAAGACCCAACGACAGUCCCCAGAUAACGCUGGUCUUUUUCUUUUUAAAGAAUCAGUGUCACCAAUAGAUUCACAGGACAUGACCAAAGAUUCCCAGAAAAAGUCCAAACGCAAGGGUCGGAACAAACAAGAGGUGAUGACUGUGAGCCAAACAGAACCUGAGCCGGAGACAGUUAAGACCCCCAUUGAUCUCAUGAGGGCUCAAGAAAGCAGCAGUACUUCUUCAACAAAGAAGAAAACUAAGUUUGUCAAUCUCUAUGCACAAGAGGGACAGGACAAGCUGGCUGUCUUACUCCCUGGUCGACAUGGCUGUGAUUGCCUUGCUCAAAGGCACAAACUCAUCAACAACUGCAUCAGCUGUGGUCGCAUUGUCUGUGAGCAAGAGGGCUCUGGACCAUGCCUCUUCUGUGGUAGCCUGGUCUGCACCAAAGAGGAGCAGGAGAUCCUGCAACGAGACUCCAACAAAAGCCAGAAACUAAGAAAGAAGCUUAUGGGAGACUGUGGAGAAAGAGAUUAUCUGCCACAUCAAGAGGCCAGGAUGAAGGCUGGCUUGGAGAAAGCUGUCCAGCACAAAGAAAAACUGUUGGAAUUUGACAGAAAUAGUGUCAGGAGAACCCAGGUUCUGGAUGAUGAGUCAGACUACUUUGCCACUGAAUCCAAUCAGUGGUUGUCACCCGGUGAGCGAGAUAAGCUCAGGAAAAAGGAAGAGGAGCUAAGAGAACUUCGCCAUGCAUCUCGCAAAGACAGGAAGAUCACAUUGGACUUUGCUGGUAGACAAGUGAUUGAUGAGGGAAACAACCUCAACGAUUACUACACCAAAUUGGAUGAGACCCUCAAGGCUAUGAACACUGGCUCUACAUCGAAAUCAACAAUGUACUCUGCAAGACAAGGUGGACGGCAGAGCCUUGGAGACCUAGUCAACCCCAACAUCAUGCAGAGCGCGCCAGAAUGGGUGAAUGUUGGAGGCAGUGAAAACUACAAGAGGAACUUGGACAAGGGACAGAGUUUGGCAAAGGACAAAGGAGGAGAAGAUCGUUCUAGGUUGCGGCUACAAGACAAAGAGCUGCAGGAGAUGGCUGAUGGGGGUUGGUGCCUCAGCAUGCAUCAGCCAUGGGCCUCACUGCUGGUCAAAGGCAUCAAGAAAGUUGAGGGGAGGACCUGGUACACGUCCCACAGAGGUCGUCUUUGGAUUGCUGCUGCAGCCAAGAAUCCCACCCCUCAGGAGAUUGCUGAGGUGGAGGGCAUGUACCGCCACAUCAGCAGAAAAGAGCCCAGGUUUCCUAAAGACUACCCCACUGGCUGCCUGCUGGGCUGUGUUAACGUGACUGACUGCCUCUCUCAGGAGCAGUUCAAACAACAGUUCUCUGAUACCUGUGAGGAGUCCGCUUCCCCAUUCGUCUUCAUCUGCAACAACCCCCAGGAGCUGCUGGUGAAAUUCCCCAUGAAAGGGAAGCACAAGAUCUGGAAGCUGGAGAGUCACUACCACCAGGGUGCCAAGAAGGGGCUGGUCCCAUCAGCUGCAGAAUGACAUCAGAGGAGGAAAACUGUCUGAUUGACCACAGUUCAAGAGGAAAUAGCAAAUCAUGUUUUCUUUCUGUAAAAGUUGGCCGCCCUCUCUGCUGGGCUCCUAUCAAGAAUCAGUACUGAAAAUAAAACAUGGUUGCAUUUGCUUUUGCUCUUCUCUAAUUCCAAAUAAAAUUUUGUCAAAAUGAAAAUAAUAAAAGUAUGUUUUAAUGAGGAUGUCAUCUUUCAUUGCCUGGUUUCUCAAAGCAGAAAAGAUAAAUUAGAAAUUCCUAGAAACAUCUUACGCAACAGCAAAGGAAGCAAAUAUUUUAGCUUCAUUUCUAAUCAAAAACCUAUUGACCACAGUCACAGCAGCUGACCCUCUCCCCUCCCCGCAAGAGGCAGGCCUGUCAUUACCAAUCCCACACAUAAGGCCACAUUUAAACCAGCCAUAGAACUGGGUAAAAAUUCAGCCGUCUCAUUAAAUUCAAUGAGACAAUUGCAUUGCCGCAGCAGGAGUAAUGACAUAAAGG